GGAUACGAAGCUGCGUAUCCAUGACAGCCGUGUUAUUGUUGUUGGUGGUGCUAACGUUAGCAAAGUAAACCCUCCGAGGUGGCGACAGCUAGCUCCGCUAACGUUACACACUCAUGUAUUUUAAGAUGUAGCUAGCUUAAACCUAUUUCAUGGGCUACUUCUGGGCCACAGAAGAGGCUAAUUUAAUGUAGCAAGGCUAAUUUAACAGAAUAUGUCUUUUGGGGAAUUAUACAAUGCCGUCCGUGCCUUUUCGAUGUUAUACCCGUCCGUCCAUGAAACACUAGCUAGCAUAAUUUUGGACGUAGCCUCCUCCUAACGUUAGCAUCAGUAACCAAAGCCCUGUCCAUCUUUUUGCACUAAAAGGUGUUCACCCGCGGUCCAGAGGAAAUGACAGUCUUUCUACUUCAGUGCUCCCUGCGAGGUGUGGAGGCUAGAAUGACAGACGAAGGCUUGAGCCUCUAAAACGGAGAGGAAGAGAAUGAUUUCACGUUACAACAGAAGACCUGUAUCGCACAAACUUGAGAUUCGUGGGUUGUCCCGAAGCAGCCUUGACCACCACCCUCUCCCAGAGGAAGCAGACGACAACCACACCCCUCAGCGCUACCUCCAUGACCUCCAGGAAGCUGUCUCUGCCCACAACAGCUCAGAGACGUCUGCUGCCUCAGGACACUCUGACUGCCCCACCGUCAUCUCGGUAGACUCCAACCAGUCCUGGUCAGGUAUCCACAGUUCCACAGGCACCGGCAUCUCUACAGAGAGGAGCUCUGUUUUCUCCUGGGGCUACGAUGAGUUCGACAAGGCAGCGUCGCGGCAGGUGCAGCAAAUGUUUGAGGAGAUCGACAAAGAGCUGUACGAGGGGAGAGGCAGCGGGGGAGGGAUACUCCAGGGGCUGCAGGAUGAAUGUCAGCAGUGGGUCACACGAUUCCCACAUCUUCGGAUUCAGGGGACUCAGGUAGUGUGUCCCAGUGAUGAGGGAUUCCAAUGGUAUGCUACUUCAGGGAGAGGCAGCUCCACCAGCAGCCCAACAGGAAGCAAAGAGAGCGGUGUGAAGUCGCAGGAGAAAGAUAAAGGUGGCACAGAGUUGAAUGUGCAGGGCAGGAGAGCAGCGCUGAUUAAGUCCUCCUCAGCCGAGUUGGACGGGCUUCCUGGCACCUCCUGUGGCUCCAGCAGUCAUGACAAGCCGAGAGUGAUUGAAGUGGAGGGUCUGAUGGAGGAAUACUUGGCUUUUGAUAGCAGGGAGGAGGUGUGGGAGCAGGAUUGUUCAGAGACAGGUCGGAGGCAUCACUGUCUGCCCCCUGUCUCGCCGUACCGGUGUCGCCGCCAAGCCGUUCUCGACCUGCUGUUUGAUGACGUGUGGCGGCAGCUGGUUGGCUGGAUGAAAGAGCUGGUUCAACGGCACUGGGAGUGCUGCACCUCAAAUGAUGAAAAGAUUUCUGGGAACUUGAGCCCCGUGCAGCAAGACUCCCAGAAUCCCUUCAUGCUGCUCUCCAUGCUGCCCACCAUGCUGCCCAAACUUGGCCAGAGCAGGGUGCCCCCUCUCACAGCUGGCCUGCAGUUUCAGAACACAAAGUCAAGGGGCUCAAAGCACAAAUCCAGACGGAAAUCCAAAAAGCAGAAAAGGCCUCCCAGUGCUGGAAGGGUCCCAGUAGGAGCAGCAGCAACACAGCACAACCUGAACGACCUCAUCGUGAUCCACAGCAUCCCCCUUCAGCAGAGGAACCUGGGUGUGCUGGAAAGAAACCAGGAGCCAGAGGAGCGUCCGUGUCAUAGACCAGGCUCUAGCGUCGUCCCUUCCAGUAAACCUCGGCCACGACGAACCCUGGAGCAGAGCUCUUCAUCGCUGUCCCGUCCAGCACAGUCUGCCAGGCGCAGGAACCCUCCUCCCCGAACUCUCCUGCCACUGGUUCCCAGCCUGAGUCAGUCCAGCGCGGCCGGAUCCAUGGAUGAGGUCAUCCGCGGGACACGUCUACCAACAGCCAGCGAUCGCCUGACGUCUCCGCUGUUGCCUCUGAGUAGGAACACACUCCUCCCCCCCAUCGGCACUGGAGACCCAGAGUCAUCUCACUCAGGGCAACAGUCCAAACCCACUCAGCGUCAGAAAGGCCCGUCCAGCCGCGCUCACAGUGCUAUAAAUGACGAGGCUGGCAGUUCAAUACCAAGGGAUCGCCACCACAUGCUGGAUGUGUUCUCUCGCCCAAACACCACUCACACAUACAGGUCGGACACUCCAUAUCGUCGUUCCUUCACAGUAUUGGACAACAUCGGGCAGGGGCGGCCAGGCAGAGCCUCUGUUGGCACAGACUCUCUUGGGAUUGGUGUGACUGGCAUUAGUCUUGGCAUCAGCAGCUCAUCCUUCUUGGACUCGUUUUCCCACCACCCCUUGGGGCACUCGCCCAUCAAAGACGAAGAGGAGCCAGACCCACAAGCCCCUGUCCCAGCUCCAGUGGUGCCUGUGUCAGUCCCAUCUCGGUCUUACACCCGAGGCGGCAUCUCAUCCAGAGCCAGCAGACCUGGCUUGUAGACCCGUCUUCAGCAAUUCAGCCAUUCAACUUUCUACACAGCAAAGUGCGCCGCUCUGCAGCAUCUGUGCCCACUAAACUUUUUAUUUUAUUUUACAAAAGUAGCAGGAUUUUUUCAUAUAAUGCUGCUUUAGUGAAUUUUUUGUUUAGAAGCCUAUUUUUGUAUUACAAAAAUCAGCUUAUGUGGCUGCCAAACACAAAUCAACAGUAACUCCAUCUCCAUGUACAGUAUGAGCUGUAUGUGUGGACAUUUUUAACCAUGUAUGUAUGACCUGAAUGUGUAAAUAUACCUAUUUAUAUGUGAAUGUACUGUAUAUUAUCCUCUGCGGUGUGUUGUUGUGCUGGUAAAUGACUAUGCAGGGAAUAACACAUCCAUCCAGGACAGGGAUAGAGAGGAUAAAAAGCACUUUUCCCCUCUCUGAUGCUACAUCAGAGAGUUUGGUACUGUAUCUUUUAUAAAGGACACAAGUGUCAGCUGCCCUAUGUAUAAAAAAAGAAAUCGACCCGGAGCGUCUCAUUGCACACUGGAACGAGAACUAGAGAUGCCACCUUGCAAGUUUUUGAGUUGCCUUUCUCUCUGUUAACAUCAUACACUGAGAGGAUGUGGACGUAUAAGCACUGAUGGAACGACUCUGCAGCUCACAUGCUUUUACUACAUCACUGGAAUAAUGUAGGAACACAGGAGGCAUUUCGAAAAAAAACAUGUAGAUAACUUUACAGGAUUAAUUCAUAGCGUCUGUACAAAAUGCUGUAUUUGUGGUAAUUUCUUUUUCCUUAUUAUACAAGUUAAGCCAUGUGGGGAUAACAUCAGGGUUACUGCACACAGGGUAGUUUUCCUUUCUAUAGUUAUUAAAACAAUAUAUCAGACAGCCAUGCUACAAAAAGGUGACAAAGCUUGAAAAUCAAAAGCUUUUCUUCAUAAGGCAUUUUCUGUGAUUGUAUUUUAUACAAAAUAAUAAAAAAACUGUACACAAAUGUAUAUAAAUAUGAAUUUAUUAGGGUUUAUGGACAAAUAAAAAGGUGCAUUUACAUUUU